GCACUGUUGAAGCUCCUGUCGUGUUGUCUUUUCUUUUCUGCUGAUUUGAAGAACAUGCGUAUACAUGUGUGAUAUCUCGUUUUCUUCAUCCAUGUAAACAUUUUUUCUUCUUCAUGUAAACAUAUGGUAUUUUAGUAGCUAAGUGAACAGGGAGUUCCUGUUGUUGGGUCAACUGUCACAUCAAUCCAAUGGCUUUGUGGAAGGGACACAGGCGAGAGCUGGGACAGACAAGUGCAGGUGUCGGCCAUAUGUAUGUGCAGCCCUUGCCUUUUUAUGUGGAGAGUCACAAGGGUGCAUCUCUGCCCCCUCUGUUCCAGCGUUCUCCCCUGGUGUCCACCAGCAGUCACUUCUCUGUCACCUCACGCUUGGAGCACGACAGGAAGCCUCAGACGGGGCCCCUGGCCAACACACUGCACCCACGUGCCCCUCCACACUGGAACACACACUUCCUCAAUGAGCUGGCACAACAGCUCCGGGACUGUGGGACAGUGCGCCUGCUCUCUCAGCCAAUCAGUGAAAUGCAGGACAGCUACAGGGGCCAGGCUGCUCCACAUGGCCCCCUGCUGGACCACUACUGCACCCUACUGGCACUUUAUAGACAGCUUGAUCCAGGCCAGACCCCGACUGUGACAGCAGAUCCUUUAGUCAGCACAGCUCAUGCAUACUACAGGCACUUUAGCAGGUCAGAGAUUGCCCGUUCUUCUGGUCUGGAAGCCCCUUCUUCCUACCUUAGCCUGAAGAAGAGCUCCACCCACAGCCGCCUGCCGGGCCACAAAGCCCCUCCCACCAUGUCCUGUCACCCUUGGCUGCCCUGCCCCACUGUGCCCUUACCCUAUGGAGGGAAACACAGCCUGUACAGGGACAGCUUCCGUGUGCCUGCCCCUCACCCUGCUCCCUCUGGUCCCUUGCCUGUUGCAAUCCCAGACUGGCGACAACCCGGGCCUGAAACUGGUGCUGGAGGAGCUAAGAGAGGGCUUCUCAGGGACAUCGUGGAGGUCCCCAAAAUGUACCUGACAGAGAACCGGGUCUAUGGGGGGAACCGGACCGUACUGGUCUGAGACCGUGCCGGACCGUGCUGGUACGUGUGUGUGUAUCAGAAAGACAACUACGUGUGUGUAUUUUGCCAGAUGUCACCAAGUGCGAUCUAAAGUAUACAAGGACCAUGACCCCACUUUGGAGUCAACCGUCCCAGUGUUUUUUUGUGACUAUUUAUCAAAGGUCCAAUAAACAGGUAGGGUUUGAAAAGGACUGUAGUGGACUGAUUGAUUUAUCAACCACCACCAGUGAUGCAUGAUCACGGGAUCCCAAGAGACACAACAUAUUUCAGGGAGUUGUAUGAAAAGGGCUGCGAAGGCUGAGCUGAGAUCAGUUUGGGCAUGAGUGUUUCUUAUUGUUAAUGUUUUAAUGGGAGCGGGCUAAGCUGGUCCAAUAUCUAUGUUUAGGGGGUCCUUCAGUCAGGAGCUAGAGAGAGAUAGACCAGGGCAGUAUACUGUAAAUACUGACUGUAUGUAUGUAUGUGUGUGCGUGUGUCAGGGAGAGAGAAAUGCUGAGUAGGUUAGAGGUUAUUUUGGCAUCAUCUCACAAAUUACCCUCAGAAUCCACUGGAGUCCCUCCGUCCUUUCUGCCUUUUUCUCUUCCGCCCACCUGCUCUCUCGCUCUUUCACUCUCCUCCCCCUCGUUCCUCCCUCCGGCAACAUGCCAGACGGAAGAAGAGAGACAGAGAGAGAGAGAGAUGGAGGGAGAGAGAGAGGGAAGAGAUGGAGUAGGGUUAGAUAAACAUACAGUACGUAUGUUUAUACAACUCUACUCAAUCUCUUCUCUCUCUCUCUCUCUCUCUCUCUCUCUCUCUCUCUCUCUCCCUCUCACUCUGUCUCUCUUCUUCCAUCUGGCAUGUUGGGGCAAAUAAGGUAGAAGUAACAAAUACAUUAGGAAUGAUGUGCACCUAGCGCCAAUUCAGAAAGAGAGGUAGAUCUACGGUCGGGGAGAGAGAGCGAAAACGACAGAGAGAGCAUUCAGAUGAGCACGUCAGAGAUGUACAGACUAAGCUGACAGAAUCAUUGCUUACCACAUCUGUGUAUUUGUGUGUGUAGGCCUAAGUGCAACAAUUUAUCUGCAGAAAAUUAAAAUGGAUUUAAUAGUUACACUAAUAUACAGUAACUACCUGUAUUUGUGUUGCAUGUGACUUGCCCAGAUUCUAUAAUUUAUCUGAACAUGUAUUUGAAUAUCAGGCUGUGCAUUAAUUAAAGGUUGUUGGCAGCUCUAUAAAAUAAAC